UUUUUUCGAGCGCAGAUUAAACAGCUUCUGAUACAAAUCGAAGAGACUUGGAAAUUAUUAAGUGAGGGACCAGAGAAUGAAAUAUUACGGCAUCAUGGAGAGCAAAGCAAAACCUUCACAACACGAUACGCGAGUAAAUUGUCUUUAUUUUAUUAUAAUUUUAUUAUUUAUUUGACGGGGUUCUUCUAUUGCACGCCACCAGUCAUUAUUAGCGGGAUAAAUAUGUUUCUACCGACGAAUGAAACACAGCCGCCCAAGUUUCUAUAUCGAUUAGAACAUGUUCUCGAUGUGGACAAAUAUUACAAUCUGUUGAUGCUUCAUGCGUUUAUCAGUGUUUUCAGCAUAAUUGCUAUAGCAACAGCAAUCGACGGCAUGUUCAUACUAUGCAUUGAGCAUAUCUGCGCGUUGUUUACUUGUCUAAAAUUUAUCAGUUACAACUGCAAUUGGUACAAGAUUUCAUUGAGAUCCAGACAACUUCUGAGAUUCACAUUAAUGCGUGCUAUUAAACCGUGCCGAAUAAGAGCUGGUAAUGUAUUCGUGAUAUCGAUGGAGACCUUUAGCGGGGUACGUACAAACGUAACAUUACUUCGAUGAGAGAAGUUGUUUCAUAAAUAAAAAUAUCUUUGGCAUAUUAUUUUCAGCUUCUAAAAAUAACCAUGUCUUAUUUCAUGAUGUUAACGUCACUAAAGUAAUAGUUCCAUAUAAUAAUUUAUAUUAAAGGAAGUAAAAACAUGUUAAAUAAGUAAGCUAACAAUCAAUAUGUCGUAUGUUAUAUAUUAUACUAUAAUAAUUAUAUAAUAAUUACUACUUUCUUGUUUAACAAUAAAAUGAUGAUUUAUUCGCCAGUGAUUAUAAAAGAAAAAACCAAUGUAAUUACCUAUUACGUUUGACCUGACUGGGCUCAAAUAUAUUUAAUAAUUACAUUAAUUUUUUCUUGUUUAACAUUAGUAAUAAUUUAAGUGCACAAAUAUCUUAAAAAAAUUUGUUUAGUUUUAUAUUUUGUAUUUUU